GGAGACAUGCAAUUAAAGGGUUUGAGGUAGACGAGGACCGGUGAGGAGAAAAGAGUUGGUUGGCGAGUCUGGGGGCUCUCGUCCACCAGUUCAUCGAGGGCAAGCUCUCCUGGUUUUCUCAUGGCUCUCACAAUACUGUUCUUUCUCUACUACCUAAGCUCCACUGCUCUCUCAGCGUCUAUUAUCACCCAUCUCCCGGGCUUCCAAGGGCCUCUACCCUUCUACCUGGAAACAGGGUAUGUGAGUGUGGAUGAGGAGAACGGCGUGGAGCUAUUCUACUACUUCAUAGAGUCGGAGAGGAAUCCGAGUGAAGACCCUCUCCUUCUCUGGCUCACUGGAGGACCAGGGUGCUCUGCCUUCAGUGGUUUGGUCUUUGAAAUAGGUCCUCUAAAAUUUGUGACUGCGGAAUACAAUGGGAGCUUGCCAAAUUUAGUCUAUCAUCCAUACUCUUGGACAAGGGUAGCCAACGUCAUCUUCCUAGAUUCCCCAGUUGGAACUGGGUUCUCGUUUUCAAGAAAACCUGAAGGUUACGCAGUUGGGGACAUUUCUUCAUCCAUGCAAGUCUACAAGUUUCUCAGAAAGUGGUUUGUUGAUCACGCACAAUUCCUUUCCAAUUCUCUCUACAUUUCCGGCGAUUCUUAUGGUGGGAAGGUUGUUCCAGUUGUUGCGGAUGCAAUAUCAAAAGAUAUUGAAGCAGAUCAGCAGUCACGCCUUAAUCUCAAGGGUUAUUUGAUAGGUAACCCAGCAACGGGUUUAAAAGUUGAUAAGAAUGCUCGAGUCCCAUAUGCUCAUGGAGUGGGGAUCAUAUCAGAUGUACUCUAUGAGUUGAUACAAAAAAAUUGUCAAGGGGAAGACUAUGAAAAUCCUGUGAGAGAACAAUGUGUGACAAAGCUUGAUGCUUUUCAUAAGUUCUACUCAGAAAUUCAGACAUCACAUAUUUUGGAACCUAAAUGUGCGGCAGCAUCCCCAAAGCCUGAGGAUAUGAUUGGGGAUAGAAGAUCAGUGAAGGAGUUAGAGCUCCAUAGUCCACCACCUCAUCCUGCUCUCAAGUGCAGGUCUUAUGCUUAUUUUCUAUCCUACUAUUGGGCAAACAGUAAUAUCACAAGAAAGGCUCUCCACAUCAAGAAGGGAACAGUGAGAGAAUGGCAGAGGUGUAACUCUGACUUAGCUUAUGCUAAAGACAUUCCAAAUAAUAUAAAUUAUCAUCUUAGCCUUACCAAUAAAGGUUAUCGUGCUCUCGUAUACAGUGGGGAUCAUGACUUGGUGGUACCUUUUGUGGGCACGCAAGCAUGGAUUAGAUCUCUCAACUUCUCUGUUGUGGAUGAGUGGAGAUCAUGGCAUGUUGGAGGUCAAGUUGCUGGGUAUACAACAGCAUUUUCCAAUAAUUUAACAUUCGCAACUGUAAGGGUAAGUUACACACACACAUAUAUAUAUAUAGUCUCUUGUACCAAAAAAAAAUCAUUUCUCUCAGGAAGAGAGUUUUUAUUCAGAGUUAUUUUAUUUUUUCAUCUAGGGUGCUGGUCACACAGCUCCGGAGUACAAACCUGAGGAAUGUUUGGCUAUGCUCCAAAGGUGGAUUUCUAGUAGGCCUCUCUGAUUUACUUUCGUCAUGUUGCAGAAUGGAGCAAAUGUACAUAAAAUGCAGGAUAGAUUGUUGGAUGUACUUGCUCCAGAACAAAAGAACAAGUUUGAUUUAGUUUGUGAAAGAUGUUCUCGGUUAUUCUCGUGUUCUCUUUAAUAAAUUUUAGUUGGGCCUUCCCCAGUUAAUUCUUCUCAAAAAAAAAAAAAA